AUGCCUGCUGUCAACUUGCAAACCUCAGUUCCCAAUCCCAGUGAGCACGAUUCUACGUCAAAUCCGUUGCCGCAGCUUCUGCAAACACCAUCAGGACUUGCUAUUGUUGAAAUUCAAGGCACUAUCCAUGGGCCACAUACCUUGCCAUCGGACUCUCCCUCCAGCAACUCGACAGUCACUACAAGGCUUGGCAGGCUUGAGUUUCCACUCUACGAUACUCAGGACAAGAGUGACGGGAAGUGGAUGAAAAAGGUCUACCUUUACAUUGGCAAACAUCAGCGGUUGACUGGCGAGGCGAAGAAACUUGCGAAACCACUAGGUGUCAUACAAAAGGCAAACAGUGCGAUCUCGGACUCGGCCAUGGACAUGAACUCACAUUUGGAACUCGUCGAAGUUGUGAAAUACAAAUUGCUGUUCAGUGGGAGACCUGAGCCUGUUGGGGAGUGA